CUGGCCAUGCUCCUACUCUACACCCAAACCGUCUCGGCCUCUCUCUUGAUGUGACCUCGGCUUUUGAGACUGGUGUUGGAAUGCUGGGGGUGGAUGGAGAUUUGGCAGUCAGUCCUAACGUGAUCAAGAGAAGGCGCGGUGGCCUAAUCGAACAGAAGGACAUUGUCAAAGCCCACCAGGCUCAUAAGAUACACAGCACACCACAAGCACGACGCAAGGAGUGGGAAAUGGCCCGCUUCGGAGACGACGUCCCGGGCUUGUUGAGUUCAGGGGAUGGCGGAUCAGAGCGCAACCGGAACCGCGAUGGGGCGGCCGUGUCUACAGGUGGGAUCUCCCCAGCCUUCAAGCAGACCAAAGCGCAACGUGCCCGUACCAUGGCUUUGUACAACCCUAUUCCGGUCAGGGAGAACUGCUUCACCGUCAACAGGUCGCUCUUCAUCUUCGGCGAGGACAACGUGGUCAGGAAGUACGCCAAGAAAAUCACUGAGUGGCCUCCAUUUGAGUACAUGAUCCUCGCUACUAUCAUCGCCAACUGUAUUGUUUUGGCACUGGAGCAGCAUCUUCCUGGAGAGGACAAAACACCCAUGUCCAAGAGAUUGGAGAAGACAGAGCCCUACUUCAUUGGGAUGUUCUGUUUUGAGGCAGGGAUAAAGAUCAUCGCCCUGGGUUUUGUGUUUCAUAAAGGCUCCUACCUCAGGAAUGGCUGGAACGUCAUGGACUUUAUUGUGGUCCUCAGUGGGAUCCUGGCUGCAGCAGGGGCACAUAUGAACAUUUCAGUGGACUUGAGGACUCUGAGGGCUGUUAGAGUACUACGACCCCUCAAACUGGUCUCAGGCAUCCCCAGUCUGCAGAUAGUCCUGAAAUCUAUAAUGAAGGCCAUGAUUCCUCUGCUGCAGAUUGGUCUGCUACUGUUUUUUGCAAUCCUAAUGUUUGCCAUCAUUGGUCUGGAGUUUUACAGUGGCAAACUGCACAAGACCUGCACACCACAGGAUGGAAUACUGGAAAACGAGACGGUGGACUCUUCUGAGUAUGAGUUUCCAUGUGGUGUGCGUCAGUGUCCAGCCAAAUACAACUGCAACGGAACCUGGAUUGGCCCUAAUGAUGGCAUCACCCAGUUUGACAACAUCCUGUUUGCUGUUCUCACUGUCUUCCAGUGUAUCACCAUGGAGGGAUGGACCACUGUACUCUACAAUACUAAUGAUGCCUUGGGUCCCACCUGGAACUGGCUCUACUUCAUCCCUCUAAUCAUUAUUGGCUCCUUCUUUGUCCUGAACCUUGUACUGGGAGUCCUCUCUGGUGAAUUUGCCAAAGAGAGAGAGAGAGUGGAAAACCGCCGGGCUUUCAUGAAGCUGAGGCGCCAGCAGCAGAUUGAGAGAGAGCUCAACGGCUACCGCGCUUGGAUCGACAGAGCAGAGGAAGUAAUGUUGGCAGAAGAGAAUAAGAAUCCAGGGCCCUCUGCCCUAGAUGCUCUCAGGAGCCUCCCUGAGUGGAGCACAGGUGGUGCUUAUGUGUUAAAGAGAGCCACCACCAUUAAGAGGAGAGGCAUGGAUGUGCGUCAAGGGCAACCAGGGGAGGAGCAAUAUGGUGACAUCUCCUCUGUGGGUAUGCCCAUGGCUGUAGCAAGUAUCAGAAGUGCAAAACGAGGUCCAACAGCGUAUUUUCGCCGUAAGGAGCGUCUCCUGCGCAUUUCCAUCCGCCGAGUGGUAAAGACGCACACCUUCUACUGGACAGUGCUUGGCCUUGUGGCUCUCAAUACACUGUGUGUAGCCAUAGUUCACCACAACCAGCCUGCUUGGCUAACUAACUUCCUCUACUAUGCAGAGUUUCUGUUCCUGGCCCUGUUUCUGACUGAGAUGUUCCUGAAGAUGUACAGCCUAGGGCCUCGUCUCUAUUUUCAUUCCUCCUUCAACUGCUUUGACUUCAGUGUAAUCGUUGGCAGUAUCUUUGAAGUGCUGUGGGGUUUCUUCAGGCCUGGAACUUCCUUCGGCAUCAGUGUGCUGCGUGCACUCCGUCUGCUGAGGAUCUUCAAAAUCACCAAGUAUUGGGCAUCUCUAAGAAACCUGGUCGUAUCACUGAUGAAUUCCAUGAAGUCCAUCAUCUCCCUCAUCUUCCUUCUCUUCCUCUUCAUUGUUGUCUUCGCACUUCUUGGCAUGCAGCUUUUUGGCGGCAGGUUCAUCUUUGAAGACUACACGCCAACAAACUUUGACACCUUUCCUGCUGCUAUCAUGACCGUCUUUCAGAUCCUGACUGGAGAAGACUGGAAUGAGGUGAUGUAUAACGGUAUACGCUCUCAAGGGGGAGUGAAGUCUGGCAUGUGGUCCUCAAUUUACUUUAUAGUCCUCACUCUUUUUGGAAACUACACCCUGCUGAAUGUCUUUUUGGCCAUUGCUGUGGACAACCUUGCCAAUGCACAAGAACUCACAAAGGAUGAAGAGGAAGCAGAGGCGGCGUUCAACCAGAAGCAUGCUCUGCAGAAGGCGAAAGAGGUCGGACCGUUGUCCUCCUUUAUGUCUUCAGAGGGAAGCCGGAGGAGGCGGCCCUACCUGUACAGGAAAAGAGCCAUACACCGUAGCCGGCCUACAUACUCUUACUCUUUGGAGGAGGCCCAGGGCAGUCUCAGGGAGGGCCGCCCACUUCCACCGCUCAAUCCUUCUAACUCUUUCAUGUCCAGGAGAGAGAGAAGAAAGAGGAUGACCAUGUCAGUGUGGGAGCAAAGGACCAGCCAGCUGCGGAGGCAUCGCCAGAUGUCCAGUCGAGAGAUCCUGUUUGGCAGCCACAGCGAGGAAAAGGAUGGCCCUCCUGCUACAGCCCAAAGUCAUCAUGGACGUCCGCUGUCGCUGCAUCGUAAAACCAUGCAGCAUACACCUUCUGGAAGUAUAAAGCACUUGACUGAUCCCCUGACCUCCCCAGCUAAGAACCAGGCUGCAGGCUUGUCUGUGUCCAUGGACAUGCCCCGUAAUGCCACUCUUUCUGAUGACAUUCCUGAACCACCAGUGUCAGUUCUGGUACAAGAGUCACUGGAUCCUACAAAUGUACCCCUCACUGAUUCUGUAUCCAUGACAAUACCAGAGCCUCCUGAAACAGAAACUAUCACAGAGAGCCAAAAACUAGGCAUUAAUCACAAACCUGUUAAUGAGCGUUGUAGCCCCAGAUUGAAUGGCGAACAUCAGCACAGGCCUGUGAAGAAGUUCAGACCUCCGGAUAAUGCUGACACACUGGGCCCUGAGAUGGGAGGUCAUGUUGACAUCAGAAGCAGGAGGGCACCUUAUCACUGUGACCACCAUAACGGCACCAGUAACCAAGGGUCUUCUCCUGUGAGCAGAGGGCAGUUAGCAACUUGCGCCAUCAUCGGAGAGAAGAGGAAGCAUCCUGGGAAAGUGCAGGAGAAGGAAGCAGAGGCUGAAAACAAAAAGGAAGAGCUGCCCAUAAACGAGGAAAACAAACAGAGUGAUGGAGCUGAAAGAGGGGACAGCAACAUUAAAGAAAUCCAGAGCCACUGUGGUGAUCCAUGCCCUCAGAAGCAGGAGGAGACUCGACAACAGUCAGAUCUGGCUGUACCUGCUAACAUGGAAAAUAGCAAAGAAAAGAAGGAGUCAGAAUUGGACCAGGAUAAAUCUCAGCUCUGCUCCAGUGUGGUUAUUGAGGUGCCCAACGUGCAGUCAUCCCUGGAGCUCUCUACAAUCACAGUCAACAGCAAGGACCCUGAAAGCUGUAAGUCAGAGAAGGAGGAAGCAGAAGAGACAAAGCCCAUCAGCACUUUGGUCCCAGAUAGCAUGUUUAUCUUCAAACCUGACAACCCAGUGCGUCGAGCAUGUCACUACGUGGUGAACCUCAGGUACUUUGAAAUGUCCAUCCUGCUGGUCAUUGCUGCUAGUAGUAUAGCACUGGCUGCAGAGGACCCCGUUGCCACCUCCUCAGACUGGAAUAAGGUUCUGCGCUAUUUUGACUAUGUGUUCACUGGAGUCUUCACAUUUGAAAUGAUUAUAAAGAUGAUUGACCAAGGUCUUAUCCUUCAUGAUGGCUCCUACUUUAGAGAUCUGUGGAACAUCCUAGACUUCAUCGUUGUGGUGGGAGCACUGGUGGCCUUCGCUCUCACCAAUGUGAUGGGAAAUAACAAAGGACGGGACAUUAAGACCAUCAAAUCUUUGAGGGUGUUGCGUGUGCUCAGACCACUGAAGACCAUCAAACGACUUCCUAAACUCAAGGCUGUGUUUGACUGUGUUGUGACAUCUCUAAAGAACGUCUUCAACAUCUUAAUUGUCUACAAGCUGUUUAUGUUCAUCUUCGCCGUCAUUGCUGUGCAGCUGUUCAAGGGGAAAUUUUUCUACUGUACUGACAGUUCAAAAGACACACAGAAAGACUGCCAGGGUUACUACAUUGACUACGGGAAGGACAAGAAGGAGGUGAAGAAAAGAGACUGGAAGAGACACGAGUUUCACUACGACAACAUCAUCUGGGCUCUGCUCACGCUCUUCACGGUUUCCACUGGAGAGGGAUGGCCUCAGGUGCUGCAGCACUCUGUAGAUGUGACAGAAGAAGACCGAGGUCCAAGCCACGGCAACAGGAUGGAGAUGUCAAUCUUCUAUGUCAUCUACUUUGUUGUCUUUCCUUUCUUCUUCGUCAACAUCUUUGUGGCCCUCAUUAUCAUCACCUUCCAGGAGCAAGGGGACAAAAUGAUGGAGGAGUGCAGCCUGGAGAAGAAUGAGAGGGCAUGCAUUGACUUUGCCAUCAGUGCGAAGCCCCUGACUCGAUACAUGCCUCAGAACCGACACACGUUCCAGUAUCGUUUGUGGCAUUUUGUGGUGUCGCCUUCUUUUGAGUACACUGUCCUGGCCAUGAUUGCUCUCAACACUAUUGUACUGAUGAUGAAGUAUUACUCUGCCCCACCAGCAUAUGAUGCUGUUUUGAAGCACCUGAACACAGCUUUCACUGUGCUCUUCUCUGUUGAGUGUGUCCUCAAGAUCCUGGCUUUUGGCUUUCUGAACUACUUUCGCGACACUUGGAACAUCUUUGACUUCAUCACCGUCCUGGGCAGCAUCACUGAGAUUGUGGUAGACUUGCAGCGUAUUGACACAUUCAACAUGAGUUUCCUGAAGCUGUUUCGAGCUGCUCGUCUCAUCAAACUGCUGAGACAAGGUUACACCAUCCGUAUUCUCCUGUGGACCUUCGUUCAGUCUUUUAAGGCCCUGCCCUAUGUCUGCCUGCUCAUCGCUAUGCUCUUCUUCAUCUAUGCCAUCAUUGGCAUGCAGGUUUUUGGGAAUAUUAAACUAAAUGAGGAGACUCACAUCAACCAGCACAACAACUUUAAAACCUUCUCUGGUGCUCUGAUGCUGCUUUUCAGGAGUGCCACAGGGGAAUCAUGGCAGGAGAUCAUGUUGUCAUGUCUGGGAGGGCAGCAGUGUGAAAUGGAUCCCUCUCUUUCUCUGGUGACCAACCUAAAGGAGGGCUGUGGCUCCGACUUUGCUUAUUUCUACUUUGUCUCCUUCAUCUUUUUUAGCUCUUUCCUGAUGCUAAAUCUGUUUGUGGCUGUGAUCAUGGACAACUUUGAAUAUCUCACAAGAGACUCAUCCAUCCUGGGACCACACCAUCUAGAUGAGUUUGUUCGAAUCUGGGGAGAGUACGAUCGUGCUGCCAGUGGUCGUAUCCAUUACACUGACAUGUAUGAGAUGUUGACCAACAUGUCACCACCUCUAGGCCUGGGCAAGAAAUGCCCCUCCAAGGUGGCAUAUAAGAGACUCGUCCUUAUGAACAUGCCUGUGGACGAUGACAUGACCGUCCACUUUACGUCCACCCUCAUGGCUCUCAUCCGCACUGCCCUCGAGAUCAAGAUAGCAAGAGGAGGAGAGGAUAGAAAUCAAAUGGAUUCGGAUCUGCAGAAGGAGAUUGGUGUCAUCUGGCCUCACCUCUCUCAUAAGACACUGGACCUGCUGGUUCCAAUUCACAAAGCCAGUGACAUGACCAUAGGGAAGAUUUACGCUGCUAUGAUGAUCAUGGAUUAUUACAAACAAAGCAAAGCCAAGAAGCUGCGACAGCAACUGGAAGAACAGAAGCACGCUCCGAUGUUCCAGCGCAUGGAUGCCUCCUCUCUUCCUCAAGAAAUCCUAUGCAAUGCCAAAUUCCUCAGGCAUAGUGCUGGAUCUGCUCUCACCAGAGGAGGUUUUUUGGCACUCAGCCCCAUUUCUCCCCAGGAGAUGUUCCUGCAGGCACUGGCUUGUUCCGGAGAGGAGAAAGAGGAAGAAAAUGAUGAAGAAUACCACUCACCCUACCACCCCUAUCCUCAUUCACAUCAUCACCAUCAGCAACAUCAUUUACACACACUGGUGCCAGAGGUAGCGGAGUACAACCAACUGAUGCAGCAGGCCAGGCAGGACCCAACACUUGUUAAAUCACCUCAGCGCACUGCAUCUAUCAGAGCAUCCUCCAUGCCCAGACUGGCUGUUGAUCCACAGCCCGGGAUGUCAGCAGACAGUAAGCUGAUGAAACGUUCCUUCUCCACCAUCGGGGAUCAGUGUGUGAACGGACUCUGGCAGGAGCAACACUCUCUGGAGAGACUCAGCCCAGAUGGCACAUACAGACCCCAGCAGAGGAGCUACAGAGGCCCUAGAAUCAGCCCCAGAGAAACAAGCAGUCAUGAGAGGGGAAGAUCGAAGGAGCGACGCCACCUGCUGUCCCCUGAUGUCUCCCCAUGCAACUCGGAGGAGCGAAGCCGGGAGCCUUCCUCCGAAAGGAAACAGUCCCGCUCGCCGAGCGAAGGACGCACGCAUACCUUGCAGAAACAGGGGAAUCCACCAGGCAGCCCCGCCAACUCAGCCUCAGAGUCCAGUACUCCUCGUAAUCGGCGCCAGUUGCCCCAGACACCAUCCCGUCCACGGCCUUACAUCUCCUACUCUCCUCUAGUCUGCCGAGCCCCAACUUCUCCUACAGCUGCAGCCUCCUCUGAAGAACAGGCCCAGCCUCAGGGUGGCCCAGGUGGCUCCACAGAGAGCUCGUGGAGGGCUGACAAAGAGAGCAGACCCUUGUCUGCAGGUCAGGGCUUGUCUGGGGUUCAUGUUUCAGGACCAAGCCACCCGUCUCCUCACCGCUACAUUUCGGAGCCCUACCUCCCAUUCCUCGAGGACUUUGCCAGUGGUGAUGCAGGCGAAAGGCAGGAGACACUUACCUUUGAGUCUGCCAUGGCUACCAGCUUGGGUCGUGCCAACGCCAUAAGCUCCGCUCCUCAGCUCAGACACUCCUGGCAGGUUCCUAAUGGCCAUUUCCGGAAGCACUUGGUCCAGGCCAAUCCAGGAGAUAAUAGCGAGCUGCUAAGUGACACAGAUGAAGAUGACCACUGCUAAUAAUUGGAGACAAAGAAGAGGAUCCACAUACAACUGGGCUCCUAAGAGCAACGUUCGUGGCGCCACAAGGCUUUAGCUCCUCUGUGGCUUGGAAAACCUGAUAUUCUCAUCAGUAGCAUUAAAGACAGGACUGAGCAACACUGCUGGACAUUUGUGUCUGUCUACAUGUGUCCUUAUGUGUUUGUAGUAGGUGAAGGGAGACUAAAUAUUUGGACAUGAAUGUGUUUUUACAUUUGUGUGUUCUUAACAGAUAAUGUGCCAAAUAAACAGCGACGGACAUAAGUAGCUCACAGCAGGCAAACGUUGCAAAGCCUGCAAAUAUGUUGAGAUGUCAAGGUGUUGAAAUCUAAAGGAAUCAGAAAAAACUAUUUAAGUGCAUUGUGUUUAAGUGAACAUAGAGGUAGCAUGUACACAUGUCAUAAGAUGAAUGUAUUUUAGUUUUAUAUUUAGGUUAUUUGAGGAGGUUUCUGGUAGUAUUUAGAGCGAAUAGUUGUGAGAGUGAAAAUGAAACAGCUUAGUUAAGCCAGAUUGUACCAGCUUGUAAGUGACAACCAGCUAUUCCCAACACUUCCUGUUUACAGCAAGAAUAUUAACAAGAUUUGGGGCAUUAAACAGUCACUAAUUAAUGAGUAGUCAAUAUAGGAAGUCAAGUUUCAGACCUUUAGGUGAUGGUUGAGAGGUCUUUCUGAUGUAAUGUGAAAAAGUUACUGGAGCACAGUGUAAGAGACAUGAACUUAAGAUUGUGAACAGACGAGAGAUUUUUUAUUUCAGGAUUUGGGACUGCCGAUUAUGUAUUAUAAUACCUGCUUCUGAAAAGAUUGUUCAGUUGGGAACGUGUCUUAGAAGUGUCUUUGAAACCUAAAGGUCAGUCUACCCCACAGCGUGACUAUGCCAUCACAAGGACUGUAGAAUUCACACAAGUCCUGUGGCCUAAGAAGCAUCCAUCUGUAGGAAAGACCACCUUGGUGUUGUAGCCAUCUGAAGCCAAAUGGACAUUCAUCCCUGACAUAUCUGUGUUGGGUAUCCAUUAUCGAUGUUGUGUCAGAGAGCUGAUUAAAGCCAUUUCCUUCCUGUACAUAGAGCCAGGGAUGUGUCCUCUUCCAGAUGCGUUGCUUUCUUUUUUGUGACAACGAAAGUGAUGAGAAUUUAAUGUCCUUUACACAUGUGAUGCAACAUGGAUGCUUUAACAAAAGAGGAAUCACAGACAUGCUGUUUGGCUCCUUAUAACCACCACAGAGUUCCUGUCACCAUGUUUUACAUUACUGUAUUUUAUAUGCUUGAAAGUUAGAGUAAUUUCCACAUGCAUGAUUCUGUUGACAGUGAUAAUGAGAGAUGAAUGAGAGUUUUGUCUUAAAACUGCCUGAUUGUUCUUAUUUUUGUGCAUCCAUGAUGUUUGAAGAUUCUAUUCAUUUAGCAAACAAAGUCAUUAUAAAUUCACUAUCAGAAGAAUAUUCCUCCUUAUCAGUGUUCGCUCUCCCACCUCUUUAAACAUUCCAAGACUUUAGACAAUUUGUUGUUCCCUCUGAAUACGAUGUAUAUUUAUAUCAUGUGCUGUUGUGUUGUUAUGGUAUGAAGAGUUUAAAAUGUGAACACAGGACAUUUCUGAAAUGAAUACACAAAAAAAAAGCAUUUUGGUAAAGAAGACUGAAGUGUGUUGACUUUGAGAUUUACACAGUAAACAAGUUAUGUUUAGGCUUCAGCCUGACGUAUAUAUAUAUAUAUACAGUAGGACUGUGCUUAUCAUGUACAGUGUAGGUUAGAACUUAACAUUGAUGUCCCUUUGUACAGAACAGCCUAAUCUGUGCCUGGGGAAACUCACCCAAAGAGUUCCCUAUAAAGCCUGGAUUUCCUAGUUCGAUUCUAGUAAAUAUGUAGUAUAAAAUGUACAAAAUAAAUCUACGUUUAAUUUAUUGCA